CCUCAGGAGGGUCUCCUUUAAUUGUGCCAGUUUCACAUUUCCUUUCUCCUGUCUCACUUCCUUCCCUCUCUAUUAUUUGGUUCUAUUCCACUCUGUGGUUUAUUCUCUGUCCUCCUGUGAUUACUGUUUUCUUCUUUUGGUGUGCUCUUUAUACCCAUUUGCACUGAAUUUUGGUUCUACUACAAGAUGGUAUUCGGACGCAAGAAGGACGACGACGAUUCCUCUAACCGCCGUGCACUUUUCGGCUCUAGGUCGAAGAACAAGAGCCCCGCGCCCCCCGCCAACCCUUAUGCAAAGCCUAUCCCUACCGACCCUUACACUAAAGCCAAGAUUAAUGCCGGAGUGGCUCCUUUACCAGCGGGCGAACAGCUACCUGCUCACAACACCCCCGCAGGCGGAAAUGUUCCUGGCGAUAACAAGCUCCAGGGAGGUUAUGCCCCCAACAAGUUUGUGAACCAAGGUGGAUAUGGAGGUGAUCGAUUCGGUGGUGGGGGUCCAGCCCCGGCCGCGUCGCGGUAUGGCCCAGGUGGCUAUGGAGGAUUAGGCAGCGCCGAUCCCAACGAUCCCGGUGACGCUGGCAGGGAUGCACUGUUCGGAGGAGCUAGGGAAAGAGCGCAACAAGAGCAGCCACAGGGUGGCGCACCACCCCCCCCGUAUUCCGAGGGUACUCCCUCAUACGGCGGUGGCAGCAAUGCAUACACCACUUCGACUUACCAGGAACGCCACCUUACAGCAGAGGAAGAGGAGGAAGAGGAGAUCCAGACCAUCAAGCAGGACAUCCGGUUUAUCAAGCAGGGCGAUGUGGCAUCCACCCGGAAUGCCCUUCGUAUUGCAGCACAGGCCGAGGAGACAGGUCGGGAGACUCUUGCUCGUUUGGGUGCGCAAGGAGAGCGGAUCCACGACACCGAGAAGAGCUUGGAUAUUGCCACGAUAGAAGGUCGUAUUGCCGAGGAGAAGGCGAAGGAGCUGAAGACGCUUAACAAGAGCAUGUUCGCCGUCCAUGUCUCAAACCCAUUUACCAGCGCCCGUCGUCGCCGCGACCGUGAUGAGAAGAUCUUGAAUACUCACCGGGAAGAGCGUGAUACUCGUGAAGGUACUCGCAAGGAGGCUUUCGUCACCAACCAGCGUAUGGAGCGCACAUUCAGAGAGAUCGACCGUGAAGCCGGCAAGCAUAACGGACGAGUGCGUACGAACGCUACCGAGCGUGCUAAAUAUCAGUUUGAGGCUGAUAGCGAGGAUGAGGCGAUGGAGGAUGAGAUCGAGCAGAAUCUGGACUUGCUUUCCGGAGCUGCAGGCCGGUUGCAUGGGCUUUCUAAAGCGACGGGUCGCGAGCUGGAUGAGCAGAACCGUCAUCUGGAGCGUAUCAUGCAAAAGAGCGAUUUUGUCGACGACCAGAUUGCCAUGAACCGCGCCAAGCUGGACCGGAUUCGUUAGAUUUCUUGUGGUAUAUAGAGAAUUUGCAGGGAGGUUGUCGAUGCCUGGUGCUCUCAACCUCAAUGCGAAUUGUCACUGUGCAUGUUCUUCAUAUCAACUACAUAUCCCUGGCGUUCUGGGUUCUCAUAUCUUCAAUCCUAGUGUUCGUUGCCUGUCUUGGUUGUUCGGAUCUUGCAUCGGAGGAACUUAAUGGUACUUAUUACUUUCGGCGGAAUAGAGCAUGUUCUGGUCUAUACCCAAGUUUGUCGCAAGCAAGUUAUCUUGUAGGCUUUAUUGUAGAACACGGAAGAGUGAUUUUCUGCCCCAA